CGCCACUGCUGCUGAGACGCGAGCCGUCGGCCCCAGGUGAGGGAGCAGCCCGUCACCACCAGCCCAGCCCAAGGACUAUGCCCACACGCCCCUGCCCCUCUCAGCCAUGGAGAGUCCCAUGUUUGACACUAUUCUGGAGACAACAGAUGGGGUUACCCCUGACCCCAGCUGGUCCCUGCCCUACCCAUUGGGCUUCCAAGUCUCACUGACAGGCUUCCUCAUGCUGGAAAUCGUGCUGGGAGUGAGCAGCAACCUGACUGUCCUGGUGCUGUAUUGCCUGCAGGCCGGCCUGGUCGACUCCGUCAGCAACAUGGUGACCAUGAACCUGCAUGUGCUGGAUGUGCUCAUCUGUGUGGUGUGCGCGCCACUCACCAUGGUGGUGGUUCUGGUGCCGCCCGACCAGGCCGCCACCUUGCUCUGCUGCUUCCACGAGGCCUGUAUCACCUUCAGUAGCGUGGCCACAGCCACCAACGUACUGGUGAUCAGCCUGGACCGCUACGAUAUUUCCGUGCGCCCGGCGCAGCGUGUGCUCACCCCAGGCCGGGCCAUUCUACUCCUGGCCGGUGUCUGGGUGCUGUCCCUGGCUGUCUUCUUUGUGCCGUUCCUCGAGGGCGAGUUUGGCCAUGCCAGCGUGUGGCAAAACCGCACGGUGCUCUGCGUGGGCCCAGAGGAGUUCCAUGCUGAACUGGGUACCUCCUACCAUCUGGCGAUCCAGAUCCCCACUUUCUUUGCCGCUGUGGCUGUCAUGCUGGUGACGUAUGCCAAGAUCCUGCAGGCUCUCAACAUCAGCAUCGGCAGCACCUUCAAGCGCAGCCAGCGCCGCAAGACCAAGAAGAGGAAGCGUCGGAAAUCGGCAGAACCAAGCGGCAGCAUGAUCAGCGGAGGGGAAGCUAAGCGGCGGUCUCAGCCGGUGCCCGCCCUCCCAACGCCACCUCCCAUGGGGGUGCAGGCUUCCGUCUCUGUGAUCAUUGCACUCCGGCGGGCCGUGAAGCGCCACCGUGACCGGAGGGAGCGCCAGCGGCGAGUCUUCCGCAUGUCCCUGCUCAUCAUCUCGACAUUCGUGUUGUGCUGGGCACCCCUGUCCAUCGCCAACCUGGUCAUCCUGUGCCUCGGGCCCAGCCCGUUGCUGGGCAAGGUGCGCAUCUGCUUCCUGGCCAUGGCCUAUGGCACCACCAUCUUCCAUCCUCUUCUGUACGCUUUCACCCGCCAGAAGCUGCGCAACGUGCUCCGCAGCAAGCUGAAGAAGCGGGUGGUGUCGGCACUGCAGGUGGACCCUGCGCCUGGCGGUACAGUCAUCCACAACUCCUGGGUGGAGCCGCCACGCAAAAACUGCAAGGGCCGGCCUCGGGGUAGCGAUGGGGCUGAGCACUGCCUGACUGAGGCUACUAAGGAGUGAGGUGUAGGUGCUGAGCCCUCAAAAUG